GGAUACUGAUACCAGUGUCUAGGUUAUAAAACAUUGCAACAAAUGUUAGCAGGGUGGGCUAGUGCCGCGGGUGAGUUCUGCGAAUGGAUACGCUAUAUAGCGAUCAAGACAAACACCGUUCCAACGAUGCAACCAUUCAUCAUUCCCAAGCCAAGAAGCGCAGCUUAAAUGAUGACCACCUAGCAAGCAUGUAUGCCCUGGGCCAAGGGAUAUUUGAUUCUAUCUCGACAAUGCAGAAGGUGCAGGUGUCGGGGAUUGUACCAUGGAUACUCGUGGAUCAGGACGUAGCUCUCCUCUACACCGACAUCCACAACCAGAGCCGCACACAUUUGACAUAGCAUCUCGCCAGCAUCCCAAGUGAGUGACUGUGGAGGCAGUUUCCACAGCUGCGUGAGAGGCCUGAACGCCUAGCGUGAGUCAACAUCAUCAGCGAGUGUCACGUUGCCAUACCUUUCACAGGUAAACGACAGAA